CAUUAUCAUUGUUUACCACUGGCUGCAGGGAAGAUCUCCAGUGUGUGCUAUUCCAUUGUCGCGCCUGCUUCGAAAGCUGCGAAUCACGUCGCAGCAACGGACAACGAACAAGGCGCGCUUGGGAUAAAAGGCGAUCACGUCACGCAGAGGACUGUAGCGCACCUGCAACUCGACUCCUAAGGCGGGACUUUCCACACCACUGUCACCAUGAAAAAAACCGAAAGCAAAGGCAAAGCGUGCGCGAAGUGCAAGGCCGAGCUGGUUCCCGUCGCGCCUAUCGCGCACCGUGACACAGCCUCGACUGCAAGCGGGACCGCGAGCGCCAGCUCUUCGAGCGACGGCCUGCGCGACUUCGAGGACGCCUCGUGGGAGGCGACGGGCAGCAACAGCACGGCGGCCAUUGAGGCCCGACUCAAGGCGGAGCAGAAGGCGCCGCGCAAAAGGCGCAGGGUCGGCCGCAGCUUCAGCAAGACCAUGUACCCCGGCGCGACGAGCAGCGACAGUUCCUCGUCGGUGAACGCGAAGAGCGCAACCGGCGGUCGAUCGAUCUGCAACAGCGCCUUCGUGUACCCGGCAGUGGCCAUCAUCGUGACCGUGCUCGUCACUGGCGUAAUCGUGUCGGCUCUGCGAAGGGAAGGGGCGAACGACGACGAACAGCUGCGCACCGGCCUCCCAAAGAAGGCGGCGUCCUCUCUGACCGAGUGCCCCUGCAACGCCGGUGCGAGCAGCACCCCCGCCGACCCCGAAGAAGACGACGUCGACUCCGAACAGCCGGACACGACUCGACACCGCCCGACCAGACGCCGCCGCCGUCGCUCCAGCGUCGAGCACUCGACAGCGCUCGGGAGAGGGAGAACCCCGGACGGAGUUCGCGCCGAGACAGCGACGAACGCGAGCGAAGCGACGAGCUCGUCUGGAACCUCAGAGCGUGAACCAUCUAACGGGGUGACAACGACGCAGCGCGCCACCGAAGGAAAGCGGCACAAAACGGCGACGCGAAGUCAUCGAAGACGCGGCGGCAGUGGGUCGACUCAUAGGAGUCGCCGAGUCGACUCGCCUACUAGUGCCACAACGCUGGGGAAGAAGUACCGUUCGACCACGACGGUCGGCGAUGACCAGUUCUUGGAAUGGGCGGUCAGAGGGAAAGGGAGAAUCGCGGUAGCAAACAAGUGGUCGACGACUGGAGACAGAAUUAAGAACGGCAAGGCGAAGUCGUUGAAUGGGGCACCCGUGACCAAGCAAGGCAACGUCUCAGCCUCGAGGGUGGAACCCCCGGCUGAGCGUGGCGCGGACGCAGAUGUACGACGUAAUCAGCGAGACGCCGUUGGGACCACUCGUGGAAAACGCCGCUCCGUGGAAAAGCGUCGCAAACGGCCUACGUCGCUUCGUACGAGACGAAGCAAAACUGCACCUGUGACGUAGGCUCCGCAUAUGUGAACCUUUACUCCUACGCUUCCGCAAGGGUCAUUCCACGCAGAUGUGCCGUGCUUGUCUAGCGUACUUAUAGCGUAUAUAGACCAUUCAACUUCCUACGUGGAUUACUUAAUCAUGAUAAUUAGUAUUUGUAAUUCGGUGCCUCAGAAAUUGUAAAUACGUGAAAACAUUCAAGAGUUACGCCUCUCAGUUGGCUUGUGGUGAUAAA